GUUAGUUAAGUGGAAGACAACAAGCGGAGGUGGUCAAGCUGCACCUUAAUAAAUGACGUUAUCUUAGCUAAACUACCACUGCUACUUUAAUUGUAAGACAUUAUACAACACAUAUUCAUUAUGAUUAAGUUGUUUUCUAUGAAAAACCAGAAAAAGGACGGGAGUGACGCGUCUAAACAAGGAUCACAGAAGCGAGCCUCUGCAGCUCAACUCAGAAUCACUAAAGAUAUCAAUGAGCUGACAUUGCCUAAGACCUGUGACACUGAAUUCCCAGAUCCUGAUGAUCUUUUGAAUUUCAAAUUAAUUAUAUGUCCAGAUGAGGUAAGGCACUUACCAGUCUGUCUCUGGGGGUAUGAUUAGUCAAGCCUUUCAAGGUUAUU